ACGGUUUCAUUCAUAGAUUCAGCCAGUCUCGUUGAAGCCGUGCGUAAGGAGGGCGUUACACAGCAAUAGUGAAACAAGUUCUCAGGCGUGAUCGCAUGUGGAUACUCGCCCACUUCGGGGGCAUAUUAUCAACUUGUUGGCUGUGAACGAUAAAAGUUCCGUGAUGAUUAUGGACGGUCUUGAUACUCUGACACAAGUGGCGCUGGCAGAUGUCAGCAGCUUUUGCUUCGACACCAGAGCUCUGGAGAGUGCGGGGCGCCAUGCCUCCGAGACUUUUGAGGAUUCCCUCAACACUCCUGUCACGACCAGUUCGGACAAUACAUUUUUUGGACCGGAUACACUGGAACCCCCACCCAUCACCGCGACGGCAAACAUCGUCGCUUCCAUUAACAUCCCGGACACCAAGACGGUGGAGGCCAUGCUGCCCCACCGGCCCCACGUGUCCAGCACCGCCAGCAGCAGCAGCGGCAGCGGCAGCGUGUGCAGUACCGGCACCAGCGGUACCACACACACCAUCACGUACAAGGGGACGUUGGUGACCACGGCCAUGCCCCACCCCGGUACGGUCAGCGAAGCGGGCGGCCCCGCUCAGCCCAACUUCGCAUCCAUAUUCUCUCCUCUCUCCCCUAUCAUCAGCGCCCUCUUCAACCCACCUCAGUCCACGUCUACCAGCACCUUCCACAGCGGCUUUCCACGCCACCAAGUCCCCUCGUCCACCUAUCAGCCCUCGGUCUGUGACUUCCCUGUGCCCUGCAGCAGCGUCAAUGACACAGCCCCUACCUUCACAUCCACCUCGCCCUCCCCAGCUUCCGUGUCGUCACCCAUGUCUCAGCAGGACCCCGACAGCUACUCGCAGGGCUUCGGCUCCCCGCUGACGCCAUGUUCUCCAGAAUCUCAGAUGACAAUGCAGGACCCUGCAGUCAAAACCGAAGACAGUCUUAGCUCUUACUCCUCACCUCCACCACCCUACUCACAGGCUUUCCCCGUGUCCAUGGACAUGGGGUUGGCCGCCAUGAAACAACCACCAACCUACAGAAGUUGCGCUCUGCCGCAGCUACAACAACAGCCGCAGCAGCAGCAACAGCAGCAGCAGCGGCAGCAACAGCAACAGCAAGAAUCGAACAAUUUUCUCGGUAUGCCACCUAGUUCCUUAUCAGAGACAAUUCUGCAGAUGCAAAUCUCCGAGUUCGAUCCUGUCAAACAGCAGACUGUAAACGCUGACCUCUGCUGGACCAUUGCACCAACGUCCGCUGGUCCGCAGUCACAGCUGCCUGACUUCAGUAAGCUGCAGGUCGCCUCUGCCCAGCUUUCUUUUCUGAGCGGACCUAUUAAGACGGAACCCGGGUCAGAGGGCAUGGAGGAUUUUAGCAACCCCCAACCCAUGGACUAUGCAGAAGACCCCAGCACCAAAGGGACCCCCCACGCUGUGUUGAGCCAGCCAUACCAGCAGAACCCCCUGAAACUGCUGCCGGUGAAACCCCGCAAGUACCCCAACCGACCCAGCAAGACUCCCCCCCACGAGCGGCCAUACGCCUGCCCAGUGGACAACUGCGACCGCCGCUUCUCUCGCAGCGACGAACUCACGCGGCACAUCCGCAUUCACACGGGCCAGAAGCCCUUCCAGUGCAAAGUCUGUGGACGCUCAUUCUCGCGAAGUGACCACCUGACCACGCACGUGCGCACACACACGGGCGAGAAACCGUUCUCGUGCGACGUCUGUGGACGUAAGUUCGCGCGCUCUGACGAGAAGAAGCGGCACGCCAAGGUGCACAUGAAGCAGCGGGGCAAGAAGGACUCCAAGCUGCUGACCUCCACCGCUGUCUCUCUACCCUCCGCCACCUCCACGUCAUCGUCACACACCAUGGCCCGCACCACGACAUCCGCAACGGUGGUGUCACAGUCGUUCCAAGACUCGCUCUGUGCGUCGGCCCACUCCGCCAGCGGCACUCUGCCUCUCGUCGUGGACUCUGCUGGGCUAUGCAGCGUGUCUGGCAUGGAAUCGUCGUGCACCUCCUCUCUACCUUGGUGGUGACCACGUCUUUAUGAUGAGAGACUCGCACCCGUACCCCACCCUCUUCUACCCACCUUGCACCGCCACUCGCUCCUGGCCGGCUUGUCCGUCUGCUGGUUGUCUGGUGCUAUGACAUUGCUGACUGCACUCGCCAUCCGCUCGUUAUUUAACAUUCGUUCCCAUCCCAGAUAGUAGUUACCGCUGUUGUCUCGCAUCUGUCCUCGGGAGAGCUCGUUUUCAGUUGACAGUUGGCGAUAAAGACUGAAGUGAAUGAACGAAGAAGUACGCAGACUAUGAACUUUGUUUUCUUGUUCUUUAAACCUUGGUUGUAUAAUGUCAUUCGGAAAGAGAAAUACGCAGACAGGUGCUGCUAUUGUUCCCAGUUGUUGACUGUAAAAACCAGCUGGCUGGUGUCUUGUUGACAACACAAACUAAUCAGCGUGGGUCCGGUAUAUAGGCCACACUGGUAUGGCGGCAGUAGCCGGCGUUCGCCGAGAAUUGUCCACGUCACCACUUGGUGUGAUCGUUACACUGUCAUGUCCUCACCUAAAGCUCGUCUGGCUUGUAGUGAUUCCACAUCACUUUUCUGUGUUCUAACAUCUUCUCUGAUGUUUCCGCUUUGUGCUGUCGGUGUGUGUGUGUUUUUCUUUAACAUUUCGUUGUUGUUGAUUUUUUUUAUCCCAGCUUGUUCCAUACUUCUCAUGCAGUAUUUACACAGUGCUGUAAUUAUUGCCUUUGCCAGGCAGCGCUUUCUUCCUGUUUAUUAGUGAUCUGUUCAAGUCCUAUGUCUUUCUAACUUCCUACUAGUUAUCACCAAGUGUGUUUAGACGGUUACAGUUUAUUUCACGUUUCACUCGAGAGGCAGCAAUUCACAGUCUAAACACAUGCAAGUGAUAGCGGAUGUAGGAACUAGCCAGCAACUCGGGCACUCAUGAGGCCAGUGCUCUCAUAAUAUCUGGUUUUAUUUGGAAUUGUUCACAUCUGUAAUGUCAUUGUACCAGAUCCUACCCUCCUAUGAUUAUUUCUGAUAUACACAGGAAAGUAAAAUAUACAUAAAAUGUUAUAUUGUUUACAUUUCCAGAUUUAUAAAUGGCUUCAAAGUACACGAAAUGUCAAUCAAAAAAUUUGAAAAAAAACUUUAAUUUGAACAAAUAUGUGUUGUGUUGAAUGGCAAUGCUGUAUUGACGAUGCCUGCUUCCAGCAAUGUGUACUCCCGGUUCAUGUGCUAUCCCGGUUCACUGUAUGUCAUAAUUCAUUGAACAUUUUUUACUGUUAAAGCUUCUUUUCAAGUUAGUUGUGUUGUUAACGAGUUUCUUUCGGUUUCUUAAAGAACUGCCCCCAACCCCCAUUGUGAUAUCUGAAGUGUGUACGGCAUCGGUGUGCUGUCGAUACACUGUAUUGUUUGUAUAGAGUUAUAUAUUUUGACACGUCUUGCAAGGAAAAAAACAUUAUUUUCAUUAUGUUGUUCAACUCUAUAGUGUGACAAAGUCCGAAUGUUCUUGGUGAGUGCGAGUGUGACCACACUUACGUGAGAAUGAUGGCCGCAACAAAUACAAUUGUUAAAAAAAAAA